UAAUUUCGCUACCCGCACAGUGUUAAAUCAGAUACGAAGCCUACUUACUCUUUGUUCAGCAAGGGUUGUAUGGGCAGAAAUUGCAGUGUUGUCUGUGAAAACGUUGUUUUUAUUUGUCUAAUCUGAAAUGAGCUUGUGUUGGAUAUGGACGAGAGAACACCGGAAAUUCUUUACAAUCGCGGCUGGUCUAUAGUGACUUUAUCAUAUAGAGAUGCUCAUAACCCCGUGCUCUGGGAAUAAACAGCCAUGGAAACUAGUUAAUGGUCACUUCUGUAUUAAACAACUAAGGAAAGCACCGUAUUCGUGUUGAACUGUGGGAAGUUUAAAACAGCGCCGCUAGGCAGGCAUGAGCAGAGCCGAUUCUGCAGAAAAUGAGGAUUGGACGUGAGCUACGUGAGCAUCCAGGAGUAGACGUCAUGACAUGGAGAGACUGGAAAACACGGACCUUUUAAAUGCACACGGGCGCGAGAGUAUCAGUUCACCGCAAGAGAGAGUCGCCAAUGGCUGUUGUGAGUCUCGCGCUGUAAAUAUAAUGGGUCUUAACGCGACCACUGCGGAGGAACUGCUGGCUGGACAUGCGUCUAGAUCUGGAUCCGGGGUCACGCUUUUGAAGGAGUUAAAGAGUGGGUUGCCUUUAUAUAAUGGUGGUGGAGCGGUGUCCCCUUCACCUACAGCUGAAGGAAGUUAUCAUGACGUCCCUGCGCAGAAGCAAAGCGGGUGUUUACAUCUGAAUGGACUGGUGGAGACCCCCCAUGGGGGCCUCGCUUCUCACAGGGACACACUUUUGAAGGAGUUGAAGAGUGGGUUGCCUUUGUAUAAUGGUGGAGGAGCGGUGUCCCCUUUACCUACAGCUGAAGGAAGUUAUCAUGAUGUCCCUGCGCAGAAGCAAAGCGGGUGUUUACAUCUGAAUGGACUGGUGGAGACCCCCCAUGUGGGCCUCGCUUCUCACGGGGACAGGACUUCAAAAAGACCUUGUGGAGAUGUGCGAUUCAGACAACUCCAGCACCAGAGGAGAAAAGAUGAGGAAAACAGAGACUUCGGGGCCCAUGGUGGUUGUCCCGGAAUGGGGUCCUCGGAAACGCCCAAUGCACCGGACUCUCCUUCACUUGAAUGCAAAAGGAGGAGGUUUGAAAUGGGCCUUAGAACAGACUCAAGUAAAAGCACACAGGCUGUUGCUCCCCUUGCAGCCAAUCACCAACACAAUAACAGCUCCCUGUCAUCCCCCAGUUGGGUCCAUCACAAUGGGCACAAAGCUGUAAUGAACCAUGCGGCCCCGGGGCAGGCUGAGUUUCGAUUGGUGCCACCUGUGGUGGCCCCCAGUGCAGGCUGCUCCCCAGAGCACAUGGCUCAGCAGUACAUAGUUCCCUGUAUGAAGUAUUACGGCAUUUGCGUCAAAGAUGCCUUCCUGAGCGAUCGACUGGGCGGUAGGGUUCUGGAGGAAGUGGAGACACUAAAUCACAGCGGAAAGUUCAGAGGCGGCCAGUUAGUCAGCCAAAAGAGCAUCCCCUCUAAGAACAUCCGUGGGGACCAGAUUGCCUGGGUCGAAGGCAACGAGCCAGGCUGCGAGAACAUAGGAGUCCUCAUGGCUCACAUCGAUGAGGCCAUCAUGCGCAGUGCGGUCAGUGGGCAGCUGGGGGAUUAUGUCAUCAAUGGCCGCACAAAGGCCAUGGUGGCGUGUUACCCUGGCAACGGAACAGGAUAUGUUCGACAUGUGGACAAUCCUAACGGCGACGGACGCUGCAUAACCUGCAUCUACUAUCUGAACAAGGACUGGGAUGUGAAGGUUCAUGGAGGUUUAUUGCAGAUCUACCCCGAGGGUCGUAAUGUUGUUGCCAACAUCGAGCCUCUUUUUGACCGUCUGCUCAUUUUCUGGUCAGAUCGCCGGAAUCCACAUGAGGUGAAACCAGCUUUUGCCACCCGCUAUGCCAUCACCGUCUGGUACUUCGAUGCAAAAGAGCGGACUGAAGCUAAGGAGAAGUACAGACUGGCUGCAGGACAGAAAGGAGUUAAAGUGCCCGUCACACAGAGCAGCAAGACCUGAAUGUCAGCCAGUCGAGUGAACACUCAAGUGUGUCCUGUUCAUGUGUGUGGUGGCCCGUGCUUCUGCGCGAUUGGACGUUUUCAAGAGGGGACGCAAAAAGCACAACAAUCACGGCUCUUUCUGUGGCCUCAAACAUCCAACAAGUUUGAUUUGAUUGGAUGAACA